GACUCACUAUACUGUGUCAUUUUAUUUGCAGCGGCGGGAAGUGCAGCUUGGUGUGUCGCUUGGUCCCUGCGAACAUUCCUUUAUUCGCAGGGGCCCCCCUUACACCAAUGGAACCGGGGGCUUUAAAGGGACCCAGGUACUGGGCAUCGCAAGCUCUGCCUUGAACAAUAGAGAUCUAGUUUCUUUUUUUUUUUUCUCCCCACCCUGAAUACACUGGAGAAGCUCCUUUCUGAGGCUUUAUAUCAGUAUGCAUUGCCUAUUCUCGGAUAUACAGAGAGACAGAGGUGACUACAGAGUUUAAGGAGCAAUAAUAGCCUUUUGUUAUUUUUUUUUCUUCUAGCAGGAUGCCUUGAGACUACAAGCCUCAGAUCCCCCCAUCCUUCUGGAUUUUUUUUUCUUCUUCCCUGCAAUCUACGUGUAGGAUUUUUUUUCUUGCUCUGCCAAUGUUGGGGAUGGUAUGACCCAAGCCAUGGAAGACCUGGAAUGUGGCUAUGAAGUAGUAGAUGGAGUCAGGUUGGGCUACCUGGUCAUCAAAGGCAAGCAGAUGUUCGCCCUGUCCCAGGUCUUCACUGAUCUUUUGAAGAACAUCCCUAGGACCACAGUGCACAAGCGCAUGGACCAUUUAAAGGUGAAGAAGCACCACUGCGACCUGGAGGAGCUGAGGAAGCUGAAAGCCAUCAACUCCAUCGCCUUCCAUGCGGCCAAGUGCACUCUGAUCUCCAGGGAGGACGUGCAAGCCCUCUACACCUCCUGCAAGACUGAGAGGGUCCUGAAGAGCAAAAGGAAGAGCAGAGCCCUGCCAACAAAGGAGCUGUUACCCGGGGAGCCCCCAUCCCCCGACCCCUUCUCUGCAUUUUGGAAGGAGAACAAAGUUUGGCUGGGGUUGAAUGAGACCGGCCAGCCAAUGAAGAGAAAAGCUUUCGCUGCUCGGGACUUGCUACCGGCGGCCGAUCUACCUCACUUUUUAAGUCAAUACACUGGCCGCGGCUAUUCGGGGCUCCCCAGGUCGCCUUGCAAAACCCCCCUAGACUAUGAAACUACCCAGAUCCCCGGGGACUGUGUAGGAGCCUACCCCAACAGCCUGCCUUAUAUCAGGGGAGUGCUGUGCAGCAAGCACCCUGCCUAUUACUACCACCACCACCAGUCUGCCAUUGCCCACACCAAGCUAGGAGGCUUCACUUACAGGUACAAGAGGAAAAGGACUUCUGCGGGCAAGGAUCCGUUCCAGGGCGAGCUCCUCUUCAUCCCCAAGCCCUACAGAUCCAAAGGGGCCCCGGUGUGCCUGGAGAGGGUCCACCUGGUCAAUGGCUUCUGCCCUCAGCACCUUGCCACCACCCUGCAGGACGUUUACACCAGCGACUCAGAGUCCAGCUCUGCCAACGACUCAGACUUCGGCUCCAGCCUGUCCAGCAGCAGCAACAACUCCUCGGACGAGGAGGAGGAAGAAGAGGAGGAGGAGGAGGAAGAGGGCAGCCUGUCUGACUCCACUGAGGUCAGCUCAGACGAGGAGAGCUCCUCUGAUUCGGACAGCAGCUCGGUGUCCAGCCAGGUGUCGGUGGAGAGCAUUCGUUUCCGCAGGACCAAUUUUUCCAUCAAGCCCCCCCAGCAGCCCCCAUGUCUGGAGCCCAGGUCCCCCAGCCCCAGAGCUGCUGCUGCUGCUCACUAUGACAUCAAAACUGAAAGCCAAGACUGGAGCCAGCAGAGCUGGGGGAGCAGGUCCCCUACAGACCCCCUCCCUGAACCCAGAGCCCCAUACCCAUCCCCUGGAUUCUCCUCUUCCCCUGGAUUCUCCUCUCCCCCUGGAUUCCCCUCUUCCCCUGGAUUCUCCUCUUCCCCUGGAUUCUCCUGUUCCUCUGGAUUCUCCUCUUCCCCUGGAUUCUCCUCUUCUCAUGCAAAAAGGACUGAGCAGACAGAGGGGGGCUUUGCACCUAGCCCAAAGAAAAACAAUGCAUUCCCACCACAACAAAGAAUACACAAGGAGGCCAAGCCAUGCCUUCGGCCUCCCCCCAGCCCCCCCAGCUCCUCUGCAGAGGCAACAGACGCCUGCGCCCGGGCGCCGACGCCAGCGGACCCCCCUGCAGACUCCGGGCCGGCUCCGGACCAGGGGGACCCAUGCACUGAUCCCCCCUUCCUGCACAACGUCAAGAUUAAAAUAGAGGAUAGCAGCGAGGAGUACGAGCACGCCGCCCAGCCUGAGCUCACCUACCAGUGCAAUGUCACCAAGGAUGAGCAUGACAGCGACGGGAGCGAGCCUAAAAGGCAGGGGGCUUUGCUGGAAGCCGAGUGCACUGAUGACGACCCCCAAACCACUUCGCAGAAUCUGCUGACUCCCAGCCAGGCCCCUCCAUGCACUUUAGGCACAGCCAAGAAGCCUGAGGACGGAGAUUACAAAUAUGGUGCUAAGGUCAGGAAAAAUUACAGGACACUGGUGCUAGGAAAAAGACCUCCACCUCCAACCACCGACAAGCCAAAUCUGAAAACAGCCAGGAGCCCCCGACCCCCAGGUAAAAGUGCAUUUUAUCAAGGGACACUGGAUGCUUUUACAGUGACCAAUAGACGCAAAAGGUUAGCCAACAAUGUAGCAUCUACACUUAAGAGACCUUUUAAUUUCAUGGCAAAUUUCCCCAGUCCACCAUCAUUGAUUAUUGGCAAGGACGGAGAUCUAGUCCCUGCCUACUCCUUAAAAAGCACAAAGGACUGCUUCCCACCCCACAAGGCCCAUCCUAUCUGGAAAUGGCAUUUGGGUGGAACUGCUAUACCUCUUCCUCCUAGUCACAAAUUCAGGACAUUUCAAUCAUAACACCUUUUUUUUUUUUUAAUUCUGUGGGGGAAUUUAUUUUUAAACAAAUGGUUGUAUCAGCCUGUUUUUUUUUUAAUAUCUAUUAUUAUUAAUAAUUAUUUUUUUUGUUUUUGGAAUUAUUUGACUUGACAUCUCGUGGAGAAGGAAAUUGAAUGAUUUUCACUUGCAAUAUGGAUUUUUUUUUCUGGCUACAUUCCUCAGACUACUCAGUGCUUAGAUACACAAAUGAACCCCUGGGUUUGAAUGGAAGGUGCUUAAUAUAAUUCACUUUUUGUACCAGUUUAGAAAACAGCCGGUACCUCAAUCUAUCUACAACACACAACUGUAAAAAAAAAAAAAAAAAAAAAAAGUGUCUCCACAAUGAUAAAAGAGGAUUUGAUUUACUACAGAAGACAUUUUCACCUUGUGUUGUGUUGGCUUCAAAUAUCCUGUUAAAUUCUGGGAAAUUAAACAACAAUAAAAAAUAAAAAUAAAAUAGUAACAUGUGAAUCUCAUUGGAUAUUUCAAGUUAACCCAAGCUGGGGUUAAAAUGACUUCCUUAGUAAAUAAGUACCAUAAAUAUGAGCCAUUGCAUUUUCUGCACUAGAUUUUGUCGCAAUCUAACUGUUUUAAUUGGUUGCACAGCAGGGGACAUCCUUUAAUUAUAUUGUGGCAGUUUUUUUUUUUAUAAACUGAUUUAAAAAAAAAAAUCCAAUAGCAGUUGCACUUAUCUGACGUUUUCUGGACUGGAACAUUUUUAAGGCCUGAGUCUAGGCCUUGGGAAAAUAAGCUGCCUCAUCAACUGGUGAAAUAAAUACUGUCUUUUGUAUUUUGUUAAACGCUGUCUUUUUAUUUUUUUUUAGCUGCACAAUUGAGUAGCUGAAUUCCACCAAUUGUAUCCAAAGGUCUCUCUGUUCCCUGUCACUAUAGUAAAAUAAUCUUGUGACUUGGCCUGAGAGAAGUCCACUCAUAAAAAAAAAAAAGCAAACAAAAAAAAACUGCAAAAGAUAAAAUAUAUGUGGCUUUGUUGAAAGAAUAUAUAUAUAUAUAUAUUAAGACUGUGCAGAUGAAGGGAUAGACACAGCUGUAAAUGUGACAGAGCGAGUAUUUGUGUUGAUAUUGUGAUUUGAUUUUUUUUAUUUUUUAUUAUUAUUAUGUCUUUGUUGUUUUUUAUUUUUAUUUCUUUUGUUAGAAAACCCCAGCCAUUAACGUUGUGAUACGCAGCAUUAUACAUUGUAGCUCUAAACUUGAAUGGUCACCACAAACCUGAUUAAAAACAGGAGCAUUACUGCACAUGACAAUCAGAGACGGCUCUCUGCCUUUUGCACUUAUAGAACUGAACUAGGUAAAUACUGUAGGGAGCAGUCACUGUGUACUUUUUUUUUUUCUUGUGUAAUGUUGUGUUGACAGCAGUAAAUCAAAAAAAAAAAUGCGAUGGAAAUUUGCACUGUUGAAAAGCAUGUUUCACCUUCUUUUUUUAAAUUAAAAAGAGAAAAAAAACACUGUUUUCU